AUGAAAUCCUCGAAACGCGAAGGCAAUCUGUGCAUACCUUGCUUCAAUGAAAUCAGAUGGAGCUCGGAUUCUCCAAUGGAGAUGAAACACCCUUAUCACCCUCCUCACUCUCUCUCCCUCCUCCAUCCUCACUCUGAUUAUGAUUACGAAACUUCGGAGGUAUGCAGCUGUUGCGGAGACAACCUCGGAAGGGGAUGCGCAUAUCACUGUCCUCUCUGCAGUUUCUUCAUGCACCUGCGUUGUGCCGAGAAACCACCGGUUCUUGAGGUGGCUCAGCCCAAGAGCCAUGGCCAUAAGCUCGUCCUCCUCCCUAAACCACGUCCCUUCACCUGCGAUGCUUGUGGUCUACUGCUCGAUGGUCCCACUCUUCCUUGGGCUUGUCUCGAAUGCGGAGUCAUGUUCCAUAGAGAGUGUAUUGACUUACCACGCGUCAUAAGGAUCUCUCGCCACCCACAACAUCGUCUCUGUUACGUUCCCUCUCCCCCUUCACCAGCUCAUGAACCAUCAUGGUCUUGCGGAGUUUGUCGUAAAGUGGUUGACAACCCGUAUGGUGCGUAUUCUUGCAUCAAAGGAUGCGAUUAUGUAGCCCAUUCAAAGUGUGCAACACGAGGAGAUGUGUGGGACGGGGCAGAUCUUGAGGGAGUGCCCGAAGAAGCCGAAGAUGUCGAGGAUCCGUUCGAAGUUAUAGAUGACAAAGUGAUACAUCAUUUCAGUCACGAGCAUCAUCUCAAACUGAACGAGGACGAUGACACAAGCUUUGAUGGAAGCAAGCACUGUCAAGCAUGCGCCCUCCCUAUUCGUAUCCAUCUGGGUAACACCUACAGAUGCAUGCAGUUUGAUUGCGAAUUUAUCCUCCACCAAACAUGUGCCAAUCUAUCAAGAAAGAUAUGGUACAUGUUACACCCUCACCGUCUCGAACUACAAGCCUCUUCAGAAACAGGUAUUAAGAGGUGUGACAUAUGUCCUAGGUUAUGUUCUGGAUUCAUAUACAAGUGUUGCAAAGACGACUGCCCUUUUAAAGUACAUGUGAAUUACGCUUCAGUCGCCGAACCAUUUAUCCAUAUAAGCCAUCCGCACCCUCUUUUCUCAACGUCGAUCUCGAUGAGUGGCAAGACAUGCUCAGGCUGCAGACAAAAUCUUUACAAUCAUAAGCUGGAAUGCAUCGAAUGCGACUUCGUCUUGUGUUUAAGGUGUUUAACUCUACCGCCUAAGGUAAGGUACGGGCAAGACAGACACCCUCUGGUCCUUCGGGGUGGUGAGGACGUUAGCGGCGGAAGCUGGUGGUGCGAGAUCUGUGAACGGAAAAUGGAUACAGAGGUAAUAUUCUACGCAUGUGACAGCUGUUGUGUCACUGUCCAUGUCGAUUGUAUGCUCGGACGGGACCCGCUCAUAAAGCCCGGUCAAUAUUCAGACCCAUGGUUGAAAGAGUUUGAAGUCGCGGCCAACAACCGAUGUUUCCGACCUUUAUGCGCUCGAUGUCGGGACCGCUGUCCAUUCCCCAUUUUUUUCAAGAGAAAUGAUCAUCAUUUCUGUAGUUCACAUUGUCUGGAUAAAAUCAGAACAUAG